UUUUCAGGUAUUGGAUCUAAUGACAUCCAUGAAAGAACUAUCCCACCGGGUGAAAACUCCUAUGACUCUUUGUCCUGAAAUCUCUCCUUCCUCAUCACAUUUUUUUGAAGUUUUGUAUAUUGGCCGAAUUAAGGUCUCCCAUAAGAAAGUACCUGAUAGUUUUAUAGAUGAAGCACUAGAUAAAUUUAAAAUAUUUGAAAAGCAUAGAAAGGAAAAAGAAACUACAGUCCAGGAUGAAGGAAAGCUGCUGAAUGGUAUAGAUAAAAAGAUUGCUUAUUCUUCCACUGAAACGCUAACAUCAGAAGAAUCAACUCCUGAUAAAGCAGAGAAGGAUGUGGUAGCAAGGCGUAGGUCUGGUUCAUUGGGAACUGUCAUUCCUUUGUUAAAAAAACAGGAAUAUUUGGGAUCGAAAGAAAAUGUGAACCAUGAACACAAUAGGACCAUGGUUUUCCAUGUUGGCAGAAGUGAUUUAAGACUGAUUUCCCCUGAUAGAAAGCAAGUUCUUCUUCACAAAUAUCUUCGAGACAUUAGUUCAACGCUUCAGGGUGUCAGGCAUACAUCACAUUUAGCAUUCAUUGCCAAAGAACCUUCAUCCGACAGCAACCCAAAUUAUGUGGGUUAUGUUUUUAAAUGUCAAUCCCCAGCUGUUGCUGAAGAUAUUGUUGCAGCGAUUAGCCAAGCCUCAGUAAGUGAAAGGAAGACAAGCGUCAUCUCUUGUGAAACAUGCCCCAUGGUUUGGUACCACAGGCUCUGUACUGAAAUAGAACAAGCCGGGCCUAACAGUGGAAGAGAAGUAAUUAUGAAGAGGCUCGAGUCCUUGCCACAAGAUGAGGCCGCUGUCGUCAGGACAAAACUGGAAGGAGGGGGUGUCGGUUCAGCCGAGUCGUUAGAGAUUACUAUGAUGCUUCUCAGAGCUCAUUGUGAAGCAAAGCAAGCAAGGCAUGUUCACGACACUAUUGAAACUAGGCAUGAAUUCCUAAGUCACUAUUUGGGUGGAAAUGCUAUAUUUAUGAAAGCAAAGAGAUCAUUGACCAGUAGCUUUGAUCAGCUGUUGAAGAGGAAAGGAAGCAGAGAUGAAUUCGGUCAUUCUAUAUCUCUUCCUCACAAUGCCACAAUGAGGGACUUGGGAGUGGAUUCUCCUAUAAAAUCAAUCUCUGAAAUGGAUGGUCCUGAGGAACCUGGGACUCCAGGCUCUAUGAAGAAUAUUUUUAUGAAACUGGGAAAAUCAACGCCAAAGACCCCUCAUGAUGAUUUGAGGCCAAGAUCUUGGCGACAAGCUAUUUUUAAUAAUGUUGUAACACCCAAUAAAGCUUUACAGAAAGAGUCAGAAAAUAAAAAGAGAAGAAGAGACCGACAAUUUUAUAGAGAAUUAUGGAAGAAAGCUAUCAACCAGCAAGUCCUAUUAAUUAGGAUGGAAAAAGAAAAUGCCCAGCUUACAGCUCGCCAAGAAGAAGCAACGUUGAAAAGGAUAAAAUUGGAAUAUGAUGAAAUUGGUUCUACUAAGCCACUGGAUGUUUGGGAUAACAUAUUGGAAGAUGAUAGAGCAUUAGAAGAGGCUGAAAAAUGCAGUAUCCUUAAAAGUGGCAUCCCAAAAUCACGUCGUGGUGAGGUAUGGUUAUACUUUGCUGAGAAAUAUUCUUUAGAUUCUGAUUAUGCACCUGAUAAAACACAAUUUCCAAAUUAUGAUGUGCCAUAUGAAGAUCUUCUCAAGCAACUCACCUCUCACCAACAUGCCAUCCUCAUAGAUUUAGGAAGGACGUUUCCUAACCACCCCUUUUAUAGUUCACCCUUAGGCCCCGGCCAGCUGUCCCUUUUUAAUAUUCUCAAAGCCUAUUCUCUGCUCGAUCCAACUGUUGGCUACUGCCAAGGACUUAGUUUUACAGCUGGUGUUCUUCUUCUCCAUAUGUCAGAGGCUGAUGCAUUUUAUCUGUUACGGCACCUUAUGUUUUGUAGGGGAUUACGUGAACGUUAUCUCCCUGAUAUGUCUGCUCUUCAGGUGUGUUUAUACCAACUCUCCCGCCUACUUCAUGAUUUACACCCUGAUUUGUACGCUCACUUCGAUUCUUUGGACAUUGCUCCAUCAUUGUACGCAGCUCCGUGGCUUUUAACAAUUUUUUCAUCUCAAUUCAGCCUAGGCUUUGUUGCAAGAAUAUUUGAUUUGAUGUUUUGUGAUUCCCCUCUAGUCCUCUUCAAAGUCGCCAUUGCACUUUUAGGGCUUCAUAAGCAAGAACUUCUUGAUUGUGAGACUUUUGAAGAUGUUAUGGAUUAUUUGAAAGUUAAACUGCCACAUGUCACUAACGAGAUAAUGGAUGUUAUUUUACAUGAGGUUUUAACAACAGAUGUUACAAGAGAACUAAAAGACUAUGGUGUUGAAUACCAUGUUCUUGAAGAGGAAAUGUCUUCACCUCGACCAGAAUCUCGUAGAAUUAAAGAGCUAGAAACUAUUAACCAAGGACUUUUGGAACAAAUUAAUGUUCUCAACAAGCAACUCCAGAUGUCUGCAAGUGAUAUUAAACGUCUAGAACAUACGAGGACAGAUCACAUAUCACAGUUGCAUAGGCUGGACGAGGAAAACAAAGAACUGAAGGAUGAUAUUUUGGUCCUUUCUACGUUUAUUGUGGACGAAAUGGAUUCAAACGAACUCCCUCCAAAUUUGUUUAGGGUACUGAAAAGGCACAAUGUGAAGCUGAUGUCUAAAAACAAGGUGGAGUUUAAAACACGAUCCAGCUGCCCUGAGAUAAAAGUGGCGCCCGAAAAACCCGCUAGCACACGAGGAGGGCGAAUAUUGACAGAAUCAGAAAGGAAAGCUCUCGUUGAAUCCAGACUUAAUGCGCUUGAGAGGACAAAGAAGGGGACUCAAAGUGCUUACGAUAUGAGAAGUGGAAGCCAUCCUCUUGAUAAUGAUUCAGUUCCAACAAGCUUCGAAGGUACCGUCUGCCUCAAGAGUAUACCUCCCCCAUUGCGUAGGUGUGAAACCAUAAAUCCACCCGCUGUUGAUCGUCCAAAUAAUUUUAGACGGGCUGAAACUGCAGAACUUAGGAUAGUUGAACCAAAUGAUAUUGUAUCCGCGAAGAUUCAAUCAACAAAGGAGAAAAUAAGUCGAUUGUUUGAAUUUGAGAAACCUUUUGGAAAAGAAACAGAGAUGUUGAUAAAAUCGCAGGCCAUGCACAAAUCAAGUGGUCUUCUCACAUAG